CGGGGCGGGCAGUGCGGGUGCGGGCAGGGCCGGGGCAGCCCCGUCCCCACGUGACGGCCGCGCCGCGCGGGGGCGGCCCCGCUUCAUUCAUAAAUCCGGGGCCGCACCGAGCGCGGCGGCGGCGAUGGAGCCCCGGCCCCGGCUCUAGCGGCCCAGGACGCGCUCGGGCUGGCUCGGACCAUGAGCGAUGAGCCGACCCCCUGGGACAACGCGACCGAGAGCGCCACGGCGGUGCCGGGCGAGGUGUCCCCGCAGGAUGGCUACGUGCUGCUCCUCGCCCUGCUCUCCAUCUUCAUCGGGGGCACCCUGGUGCUGCUCUCCGGCAUCCUGAUCAUCUGCCGCCGCUGCUGCGAGGCCGAGCGCCGCCACUCCAGGGCCAGCGAUGACCCCGAGAAGACCAACACCACCUACCUGGACGACUCGCAGCCAGCCCAGGACAUCACCAUCAAAGUGGAGGACCCCGACUGCCUCUCGGCCUCCAGCUACCGGGAUGUGGAGACCGAGCGCUUCUUGUCCUCCAGCUCCUCCACCGCGCGCCGCGUCUCCUUCAACGAGGCCGCGCUGUUCGACCAGGGCAAGAAGACCCAGGAGAAGGGGAGGAGGUACACGCUGACGGAGGGGGAUUUCCACCACCUGAAGAACGCCCGCCUGACCCACCUGCACCUCCCGCCGCCCGCCCUCAAGAUCGUCACCAUCCACGAGUGCGAGUCCAGCGAGAACAGCCUGGCCAUGACCCCCCGCCUGCCCCCCCCCAAGCCCGGCCUCGCCAUCUUCCAGCCCCCCGGGGGGGCCCUGCCGCAGCCGGCGCUGCCCAGCCACGCCGUGUGCCCCAGCUCGGCGCUGCCCGGGGACACCUACAACUCCACCGUGGACACCAGCUUCACCGAGGCCAGCCCCUCCGCCUCCUCUGACUCCGGGGAGGGCCCCUCGUUUGCCGCAGUGCCCAGGAGCGGGAAGGGGGCCGGUGUGGGCAGUGCCAGCCCCGGGGACGCCCCCCCGGCCCCCUCCCAGGGCACCGUCCUGCAGUUCUUCACCCGCCUGCGCCGCCACGCCAGCCUGGACGGGGCCAGCCCCUACUUCAAGAUCAAGAAGUGGAAGCUGGAGAGCACCCAGCGGGCGUCCAGCCUGGACACCAGAGGGUCCCCCAAGCGGCGCCAGUUCCAGCGGCAGCGGGCGGCGAGCGAGAGCAUGGACCAGGAGGACCGGGACCCCCACGCCACCGACAUCAUCCAGUACAUCGCCCGCACCGACGACGUCGCCUUCCACCCCGCGGGCGGCCCCUUCCUGCCCUCCCCCACCAGCCCCCCACCCUCUCUCGGCAGGCUAGAGCCGGGCGAGGGGGGCGCGAGCGAGGCCGGCGCCCCGGAGCAGCCCAGCGCCUACCACGACAUCUGGAGCCUGCGCGCCUCGCUGGAGCUCUACGCCUCCUCCGAGCGGAGCAACGACCAGGACUCGGUGCGCAGUGACGGCGGGGACAGCGUCUCCUCUGCCGGCGGCGUGGCCCCCUGCCCCUCCUCCUCCCUGGACGAGGCCGAAGGCCCCGAGGAGAAGCUCUGGGGUCGGCCCAAGCAGGAGGAGUCGGAGCCCGGCACGCGCAAGCUGCUGCAGAUGGACAGCGGCUACGCCUCCAUCGAGGCGCCCAGCCGGGGGGGCGAGGAGGGGCACCCCAAGGACCAGACGGCCUCGGAGAAGCGCAUUUGCUUCACCAGUGCGGGGCGGAAAGGCACCAUCUUCGAGAGCUUCGAGGGCCGGGAGCCGGAGGAGGAGGACGAGGAGGAAGAAGAAGAGGAGGAGGAGGAGGAAGAGGAGGAGGGGAGCGCAGCCCGGGGCGCGGUGGGCGGGGGUCCCCUCCGUCCCCACAGCCCCCUGGCCUGGUCCCCGUACGGGCAGAUGUUGGCGGGGCGCGAGGCGGCGCCGCCCCGGCGGGACUACAGCAUCGACGAGAAGACGGACGCGCUCUUCAACGCCUUCGUGCGCCACGACCCCCAGUUCGACGAGUCGCCGCUGCGGGGGAAGCACCGCUCGCGCGCCCACCUGCGCAAGCAGUGGCAGCACGCCAAGCAGUACAGCGACCCCGGCGUGCGCUACCCCGCGCUGGAGCGGCACCGCACGCCCCUGCGCCGCGGGGACAGCGCCAACUACCCCCUGGACGCCCGCUUCCACAGCCCCCUGCCCCGCAUCGUCAGCGCCGGCGACGAGGAGGCAGCGGAGGCGGCCGAGGGGGGCCCCAGCGCCUCGCCGCUGCCCGACCCCGAGAUCCAGGUGAUCGUGGAGGAGCCUGGCGAGGCGGCCCCCGACCCAAAGGCCAGCCCCGAGCCCGGCGGGGACGACUGCCCCGGCCCCGGGCAGUGCCUGGGGCUGGGCCCCGGCUCGGAGCUGAUGGACAAAAUCACCGGCGGCCUCGAGGAGCGGCUCUACGGACACCUGAGGAAGGCGGCCGAGAGCACGGAGCGCGCGGUGGCCGUGGCAGGCCAGCGACGCCCCCCCCGACCCCGGCCCCGUCUAAGCCCGGCACCGAGGGGGCAGAGACCCCGGCAAGGGGCGCGGGGGGAGCAGCCGGUGCGCGGCACGCGGGGCGCCACGGGACGGGCGGCCCCGGCGCGGGGAAGGCCAGGAGGGCGCGUGGGGGCCCCUGGCCGUGCCCACCCCGCCGCGGGGGGCCGGCAGCGCGGGGUGGCCGAGCCCCGGUGCUCGCGGGAGCGAGGAGCCGCCGGGUGCCGGCAGGGCGCAGAGGUGGAGCAGAGCGCGUGCCAGGAGGCUGGCGCCGAGGGACUUGGCGAAUAAACCCCCGAACCGAGCUGAGGCCUAAUCCUUACCUCGCAGCAGAGCUGUGUAGCAGCUUCGCGCUCCCCUCUCGCUGGUUUUUGGGUUUUGUUUUGGCUUUUUUUUUUUUUGUUUUACAAGCAAUAAGGCCGCUCCGUCCAGCUGGGGACUCAUCGUGGGGGGAGCAGGGACGGUGCCCGCGAGCAGCCCCAGCACCGCGGGGAGCCUGAACUGGAAGCGGGGCCUGGGGCUGCUGUGCUGGGGCAGGAGGAUGCUGGGGGGGGGGCCUGUGCAUCCCCUGGGGGGGCCCAGGCAAGCUGUGGCCCCCAGAGCAGCAGCAUCCUGGGGGCUGGGGAGGAUGGAGCCCCCCGGGGCCACCCUUUGCCUGUCCCCGGUGCUGUCCCUUCCCAGCCCUUGGUGACGUGGGGGGGGGGGGGGGCCGGGCUGGUGCAUGCCAUGGGUGCCUCCCCACCCCCCCCGGGGGCUCAGCGCACUCAGAGGUUAUUUAUUGGUUUUUACAGAGGGGGAUGCUGCUGCUCCUGGGGUUUUGCUUUUUAUUGUGUUUGUUUUGUUUUUAAUUUAUUUAUGUUUCAAUGGAUGGGUGAAAAAAAAAAAAAAAAAGAGAAAAAAAAGCCCAAGCUGUGUUACUGGGGGGGGGCUCGGCAGCGGGGCGGGAGGGGGCACAGCCGAGGGCCCCCCCCCAGCACCGCGGUCCUGCCCCGCGUCCCCGUUGCAUGCGAGUAAAGAGCCCGGGUCCCUCCUUCCCUCUGCAAGUCUGUGUCCAAAGCACUAACUCCGACUCCAACUCAGCGUUUUUAAGUCUAUGAACAAAAGAGAAAAAGAAAAAAAAAAAGAACAACAAAAAAAAAAGCUGUGACUUUGAGCUUGGUUCUCGCCUUCCUGUCCCCGCCGGGCCGUUUCCUCCCCUGCUCACCCACCGCGGCUCCGGGCAGGGCUCGUUUCCCCAGCACCCGCCUGCGGCAGGAGGAAGGACAGCAUGAAACCCACCUCUCUCUUUUCACUUUAUUUCUUUUUUUCUUUAAAAAAAAAAGAAAAAAAAAAGGAAAAAAAAAAUACGCUGAACGCACCCAUUCCCUUUUCCGAGCCCUUUUACAGCAUGCAGGUUUAAUAGAGUUUUGCUUUGUCUUAAUACCUGUUUUUUUGUUUUUUGUUUUUUUUUUUUUCCUCAUCUGGUUUAUUUUAAACACAUCACGAUGUGUAGGAAUCUCUAAAUAUACCGCAAAUAUAAACAAAAAAAAAAAAAAAA